GCGGAACCUUUGGCUCCGGUGUUUGUUUGCGCACGGCUUGUUUACGCCGUCGGGCAAAAAUAAUGAACGCUUUCCUCGUUCUCAUUUUAGUUUUGUCGUACUUCGUUUGGAUCAAAUGCAUUUACCGUCGACACCGGCGGUGUUUUGCCAAGUCGGUCAAGUAUCUGAGGAAUUCUCUACUGAGCACAGCAAAGUCAUCCCUCGAAUCGCGCGCAGACGGCGCGGACAUUAGAGCGUUGAUCGUCGCCGCGCACCCAGACGACGAAUGCAUGUUCUUUGCGCCGACGAUCUUAAACCUCGUGGAAUUAAAGGCGUGCGUUCACUUGCUGUGCUUAUCUCAAGGAAAUUAUUACAAUCAAGGAGCCGAGCGUAAAAAGGAACUUGUCAACAGCUGUGCGGUGUUGGGGAUACCAGCCUCCAGGGUCACCAUAGUAGAUCACAAAAAUCUUCCAGAUGACCCCAACGUAGAAUGGCGCAUCCCGUUGACCUCAUCUCUUAUCAUGAAUCAUUUGAGAGCUCACUCCUUCAACAUGGUGCUGACAUUCGAUGGAAGAGGAGUGAGUGGCCACCCUAAUCACAUAGCCAUCCACAAAGCAGUCAGACAUCUCACAUUCACUGGCCAGGUACCUGAUGACUGCUGCAUUCUCUCUUUGGUGACUGUUGGCCUUCUCAGAAAGUACCUCUCCUUUUUGGAGCUGCCCCUCUCUUGGCUACUCCCCUCACGUUUUUGCUGCAUUGUGGGAUUAGACGGCUACAGGCGUGCCAAGGAAGCCAUGUUGUGUCAUCGCACACAGCUCCUGUGGUUUCGCCACCUCUACAUCUUCUUUUCACGUUACAUGUUUGUCAACACAUUCCAGAUGAUCCCGCAGGGUCCGAAGAACCUGAAGAUUUAUUAGUCCCUAUCUAGAGUUCAUGCAGGUGCA